GUUUUCUGUAAUUUAGGUCAAAGAGAUGGAAAUGUAUCUGACCACUACAGAUAAUGUCAUUCGAGCUAGAGGUACCCUUCUUCUUGCGGAAGUUCUUGGACGUCUUGCUUCAAAGCCACUAGGCAGUGCUAUCAUUCAUAGCUUAAUUGGAUUCUUCACAGAUAGGCUGGCAGAUUGGAGAGCAUUACGUGGGGCUCUUGUUGGGUGCUUAGCAUUACUGAGGAGAAAAAGUGAUGUUGGUGUAGUCUCUUCCACUGAUGCAAAAGCAGUUGCUGAGGUGUACUUAAAGACCCUACAGGUGCAGUCUUUAGGUCAGCAUGACAGGAAGCUUUGUUUUCAGCUUCUGGAAUGCGUCUUACAAUGCUAUCCCAAUGAGGUUGCUUCCUUGGUAUUCUUUCCAAACUCACUCAUUUUUAAUAUGUUUAAUCGUUCGUUUCUUCUAGUGAUAUUGGAUAAAUUGCCAGCUGCCUUCCUUUUUAUUUUUUUAUUUUUUUACUUGUCAAUUAAAUCAAUUUUCCUUUGCACGUUUGGCUAACUUUAGAUGAUAAUUAGGCAACACAAUUGCUUUCUGGUUUUGAUGCUUGUUACUAAUUUUCAAUGUUCAUGAAAUUUCUAGCAUUAAUCUCUGAAGGUAUUUAUAUAUUAAAAUGGUCUCUUUUUACAGCUACAAAAUAUAUAUUUUAUUGCCUUAUGUAAUAAUAUGAAUAUAUUGUCAUUUUUUUUUUGUUAGUUUUCACUUUCUUUGGAUGCUUAUUUGCCCUGUGAUGGAAAAUCGAAUUUUCAGAAGCAGUUUCAUGGUUUUGCAUUAUAAGACAAAUAAUAAAGAAAAUGUAGUAUUUGUUUUAAAUGGGCUUGGUGAUUGGCUAAUUUAUUUCUGUCAUUGAUUUGAUAUCAUU